AUGUUGGGUAUACGAUGCACGGACAUGCGGCGAAAGAUGGUGUGGUUGGGACGUGGGAGCACGGACAGCACAGAGGCGGGGAAUCUGCGACAGGAGAGAGGAACCCCGUCUACGGGCACACAAGGACCCAGAGUGGCUAAUGCCACAACAACAAAGUGCCAACACUACAAACGAGGGGAUGAGGAUGUGGUCUACUGCUGCGACAAAUUUUUGGAUCAGAUCUUGUUUAAAGAUGCGAGUUUGAAGAAAGGAGGAACAGCUGAGAGUUUUAUCCUUAAAACGAAAUGCCUAACUGUCCACGUUGCAACAAACCCGUUUAUUUUGCUGAACGAGUCACAUCUAUUGGCAAAGACUGGCAUAGACCGUGUCUUCGAUGCGAAAACGAAGCAUGUAAGAAGACAUUGGCUGCGGGAGGACAUUCGGAGCGUGACGGUAAACCGUACUGCAAUCGAUGCUAUGGAGCUCUGUUCGGUCCGCGAGGCUACGGUCAUGGUGGAGUUGAAUCCCAUACGUUCCAUCAUGGACAGACCGGCAAGGUUUAAGCGUGACAUUUUGGUAGAUCGAAUGAAAGUGCCGAACCGCCACGUCGUCUCCUACACAUUUUCCUCUGCAAAGUGA